CAUAUGAAGGUAUACGGAAGCGAGGUUUAAGACUACUGGCAUAAAUGCGGGGAUAAACGGACGCACACGCGCAUGAAAAAUUGCCGAGUCAGCAGAUUCCAACCUCCCGCGAAGAAGGUCCCCGCGAAAGGCGCGCCAGCGCGCUUUUUAGGCUCUCGAGCCGAAGCCGAGAAGAGAUAGACCACCACACGUUUCUCUCUCGAAGCAUGGAAGAGUUGGUCAAGAGACUAGAGUCAGUGGACACAAAGGAGUCGGCCAAGGCCGUGGGGAGGCUCCAGAAACGACUUGGACGCUCGCGGGAGCCUCAGUUGCUCGGUGAACUGGUGGACUACUUCAUAGCCAGCGGUUCCCCGCGAGCUCUGAGAGUCCUGUCGUCUUUGAAAGACGUCCAGUCACAGGAUUUCUUCGCCAAGCUGAACGACUGCAUGCACAGUAAGGUCCCGCUCCGUCUCCCGGUGCUGCGGCUGCUGGCACACAGCCUUAACAAACAGACUAGCUGGUUGUACAAGAUAGUGCAGCAUUCUCUAUUCACCAGCAUACUCCACUGCCUCAAGAUGAGCCACGAUAUUCUAGUGCUCACCAGUGGUCUACUGGUCCUAGCUGCCAUCCUCCCCCUUGCCCCUUGCCACCUCUCUCGCCAUCUCCCCGACAUCUUUCAAAUCUUUGCUGACCUAGCCACCGUCAGAGCAACUGGCAGACUCAGGCUCAUGCCGAAACCGCUGUACCUUCACCUCGACGUGGCCGUCUACUAUCUCUUCCUGCAACUCUACGCUCUGUUUCCGUGCAAUUUUUUCACGUUCCUGCGAGGUCGCUACGGCCCCACGGGAGAGACGGGCAACUUCUAUCAGUUCAUCGCUCCUCUGUUCAACUUUGUCCGGUUCCACCCUGGCCUCGUGAUGGACUCUGACACCAUUGAAUCACAGGGAGACAAGUGGAGAUCCAUGGAGCCCGAUGAGAUAGCUACUCUCAGUCUCACCAUGUGUCUAGAUCUCUCCAUUGCCUGUCCUCUACAGGAGGAGCAGAAAGGUGGUGACCUCACUUCGUCUAUUGCGGUGCGGCCAGCCGCCGUCCCCAGCUGGGAGCCCACCACUCUCGCCACUGAGUUCUUCUCGUUGGCCAACCAACAAGAUGAGAGUCUGUCGCAUCAACUCACCAACAGUCUCAGAAUCUUCCCUCCCCCACUUCCCAACCCUCACACCCUCCCCCCUCUCUCGGACUCGUCCGCUAGCUCGGGACCGCGGCACAGUCGACACUCCAGCUGUUUCGCCUCAGGGGGUACCCCCUCCCCCGUGAAGGGCGUCAGCCCGAGAAACACACGCAGACAACAGUCACUGGUGCUGCAGAGUGCCGCCGGAAAGAACGGGUCACUUCGGGAUGCCCCAAAUAUGGAUGGGGCAGUCCCGUCUGCCGAUGUGACUGGUAAUCCAAUGAGUGUAGUGCCUGGGAAAGACGCAAUGUGGAGUCCGUCGACAAUGUUCGAUUCUUCUCUAUCUGCCUCUCGUCAGCACAGCGGGAUAAACACAGUCCACUCAAACAUUGCCACACCCUCCCCCGAAAACUCCGCCUCCACCAGCAGAUCUGGCACCGCCCACCACACCCCCCGACCAAUGACAGCACCCACGUUCACCUACAUGAACUACUCGCCCACGGCGUCGCUGCGAAGCGAACCUCCGUCACGUCAAAACACGCCGUCUUCCUCGCGCUCUACCACCAGGCAAUCCUCACAACAGCUCCCCGACUUGCUUGACGGGGGAGACCCCUUCGUUAGCAGCAGUAAUAGGCUCUCGAAAUCGCUGUAUUCGUCGCCGACUUCCGGUAGGAGUGUCGAAGUUAGCAGACAAAAAUCGGAGUCACUCAGAAACAGAUUCGAUAAGUUUUUUAGCUUAUUUUCCAGGAAAAACUCAUCGGGGGAUCACAACGGUGAAGAAGAGCCAUUUACUGAGGUUUCUUCGUCUGAUUUGUUUGUCGGUCCUUCCUCGGCUGCACGGAGGGGGAUUUCAGAGGGGGCGGGGUCUGGUGAGGGUGUGAGGGGUGUGGAGGAGGAGGUGGGGACUGAAGCCGGUGAGGAGCUACUCCUGGGAAGCGGAGAGGUGGUCUACACCUCUCCGGGCGGUGAAUCCCGGGAAGAUGGAGAGGUGGAGGAGGAAAACGAGGACACAAUCGAGUCAACGACAACCGAAAUGCCUCACAGUGUCACAGCAGAACCUCGGCUCCCGGCUUCCUUUCCUGGGGACGGUGGUAGGGGGCAGGGGGAGGAGGGGAGAGUGGGUCGACGACGAGCCUCUCAUUCGGACUCUGCGACGCACACGGUGCACAAGGUGAGGGAGAGACUGCGGGAAUUGGCAGAAUCACAGAACCUGGAGAACGAUGGGCGGUUGUGUCAGAAAACCUCUGCUAGAGGGUCAGAAGCAGAGGAAGAGGGAGGAGAGGGGGGAAAGGGAGGGUGCGAAGGCUCCACAGCUAACUCUGAGGCCCGACAGGAGACUGGUAGAGCUGGAUUCACGGGUGCUCAUCUGGUGACUGAUCCAAUCUCGACUGUUGACAGUGCACAUACUCUCGUUGGCUCUCUCUCCAACUCCAGUCUCUUCUCCAGUCAGCGUCUCACUGACAUCGGCAAAUCGUUAGACACCAAUGAGGCAGGGGAGACCCCUCUGCCACGGUCGUCGUCUCUGCGAAGAAACAGCUGCGGUGGGUUAGUGAUGAGAAGAGUAUCGGUAUGCGACAUAAAGACCACACCCCGAGGAAUCGUUGGGGACGACGACCACACCCCCUCCCCGGUGGUUCUUCUCGACAAACUCAUCCAACACGGAGAAAUAGUCCACGAGGGGAGGCCCCAGGACAUCCCUCUCACGGAGCUGGAGGGAGUUGACUGGUUCUGGUUCGGUGGGUGUCCGCACGGCGAGGAGCUGGGGCAGAUGCAGAGCCAGGUGGCCCUCCUGCACAGUCAGCUCCUGUUUGAGAGGCACCAGUGUCUCCAACACGACAGACGGAGUCGCCGGCUGCUGAGUCAGGCCAGGACCACUCACAGAGUCAGGGAGGAGCUGGAGAGACUGCGUCACCAAUGUUGGGAGGAGUCUCUCGUGAGGCAGUGUCUGCAGCAAGAGCUGCAGGAGGCCAGGAGGGAGGCGGGGGAGGGAGGGAGGAGGGAGAGGAGGGAGAGACUGCGAGACGAAAACAGAGCUCUGUCAGACAAGAACACGACACUGGAGGCUGAGAACCGCAGACUGACUGUUGAGCUGGCAAGACUCCAACAGGAGAACCAGAAACUGAAUCAAGAGGCAAAGGAGACGAGAGAGAGGGUGUUUGUUCUGGAGAGUGAACAGGCCGACGUGGAACCGCGACUCGCCCAGAACGACACCCUGAGGGAGAAAGUUUCCGCCCUCGAGAGAGAGUUGUUGGUACUCAGGGGGCUCUACCAGAGGCAAAGAGAGGAGGCGCGGUCACUGCUAGCUCGCGGUCCAGCCAGGCAAGAGUUGACUCUACUCACCAGUUCCCUCAGAGAGGAAAAAGAGGCUGUGGAGAGGGAGAGAGACAAGUUAGGGCAGGAGGCAAAGGGGCUCAGAAUGAUGCUGAGUUCACAGGAAGAAGAGAAACGGAAGGCACAGGAGGAGAAGAAGGAACUGCAACAGAUUCUCCAGCACGUUCAGAGACGAUGCCAGGAAAAGAUCAGGGCAUCGGAGGAGAAAUAUGAUGCAAUAGUGGCCGUUGCCCACCAGCUGGAGAGCCACCUCACGGAGCUCCGAGCCCGCAGCUUCGCGACGGCCAGAAAGAGACCCAGUCCGCACAGGCACAAACGUAGCAGCAGUCACCCCACAGUUCCCAGGUACUGCGGAUAUGUCCCGCAGUUCAAGUACCAGAUCGGACAUACGUUUGGGAGCCACACGCACCAGCUUCUGACGGACCCUUGGGUCCCCUCCUCGUCCCGACCCGUGCUGAGCGACACCUCGCCGCCGGCGAGACCCACGGCACUCGCCAAAACCAAAGAGGAUUUCUUCUCCAGCCCCGUCUACCAGCAGAGACAGAGGAGCCUGGGAGAUCAGAAAUACGUGGCCCAGAUGGUACCCGGCUACACCGGGUUCAUUCCGAAGCGCAUGCACCAUUAUGGCUGUCGCUACGCAGAGACGUGUCACUAUGCCGUCUCUUCCUUCGAGGAGGACCAAGCGCGCCACAAGAGCUCGCUCCGGGAGCUGAGGACGCUCUCCAGAUCCCAGGAAGACCCCGCCACUCGGGAGCGGUCGACUCGAGCGCAAAACACCACGCCACUGAAGCCGGUCUCAGCUACGCCCAUCUUUUACCUCCCGCCCUACGCCAAGCAGCACUCCAUAUCUCCGUUCUACAUGCCCGACGACCACCCGCAGAAACACUUCAUGUCCGGUUACACGGGCUUCGUGCCCAAGGCCCAGAAGUACUUGGGUCAGAGCUACCCCAUCAUCACCAGACGAGCUCUGCAGGACCUCGCGGGGGAGGAGAAGCGCAUGCGCGAGACGACCGACGCUCCAGUGAGCGUGUUUCGUCCUGAAGUGAAGGCGAAGGCGCUUGCAACCGUCUACCCUCGUGACAGCGGUCUAAUGCCACACUACACCGGACACAUACCAGGCGAAAAGUUCAAGUACGGCACAACAUUUGGCUCCAGCACUGCUCGAAUUGGAGUGCCUCAAGUCCAGGCCUAACACACUAUACCCUACGAUGCUAUAGCUAUUGACUUCACUGACACUUCAACAGUAGUUUGUGUUUUAUAUAUUAUUAUCGUAACACAACUUUCAACAAUUAUGCUGUGAAGAGGGCCAAUGUAUAUCACCCACAGAGACAAAAGAACAUAAUUAUACAGACUACCUAGCAACACAAACAACCUACAAUAAUACACAAUAAUAAUAAUGAUUUAUGCAGUUGCCCUACAAAAUUCUCUACACACUUUAAUUUAUUUAUAAUGAAGCAAGCCGAGAUGCCAAAACUAUGUAGCGACUAAAUUGACGCCUACUUUUCCUUCUGCUGUUGAAGUAGAAUGUUCUGGUGCAGUUCUGGCUUUAUGUCACUCACGAGUUCCAGCAAUCUCUUUAUGACUGCCUCCUUGUUGGUGUCGACCUGUGCCUCGAUCUCCUUGAUCUUCUUCUGCGUGUCCUCUUGCAUCAACUGGGCAAAGUCGUCCUUGGAGCCGGCGUACUUCUGCUGCUUGUCCUGGAACAGGGUCUCUCUCUGCUUACGAUACUCUUCAAUUUCCUUUGCCGCCUCUUCCUUUGCUUCCUUGAGUCUCUGGGCCUUCUUCUUUCUCGCUGAGGCCACGACUUGAGCGGCCUCCUUCUCUGCCUGCAUCAGCUUCUUGAUCCCCUGGCUCUGGGCUGCCAUCUUCCCUGUCGUCUCGAUCGCCUACUGAACGAGAGAGAAGUCCUUCGAGCUCGAGACCUUGUCAUGUGAACCAGGUCUACGCAUGCGCAUAAGUAACGAGACCACGCCCCCAGGAUAUUUGUCCUUG